GGUGAAAGGCAUUCCUUUCUCUCUAGGGAGAAAAAUGCUAUUGGCAUGGACGGUGCCGGCAGCAGUUUGGUUGUUGGUGCACUUCACAGCAGAAGCCUGCAUUAAAGGCAACCUGAUGGCUCCCAAACCUUCCCAUGGAGCUGUAGAAACCUGUGAUGAUGGGAACAUGACAUCUAACGUGGCUUCUCCCGUCCAGCCUGGAACCAGUGUCACCCUCUCCUGCCAGCUGAAUCCCCUGCAACACACCGGGCUCUGCAGGACCGUUAUUUUCCUUAACAGCUCUGAACUAAUUAGAAGUUACAGCCGUGCAGUGAGCACCACCUUUCUAGUCCCUACAUACGGCAAACACCAGUUCACGUGCAAAGUAGUUUGCGAACAGAAGAAAAAGCUCAUUUGUGGAAUCGAGAUAGAAUCUGGAAAUCCUCCAGAUGAGCCCAGAAAUGUGUCAUGUAUCCAGAAUGGGACAGAUGGCCAUCCCACCUGCACCUGGGAUAAAGGAAGGCUCACCUACAUCAGCACCACAUAUGUAAUACAGCUGUCAAAUGGGACAGAUGUCUUCUGUGCCUCAGAAAAAAGUUCGGGUGGGAAGUCUGGCUCACUGGCUCUGAGCAAGCUGAAUUUUGACUCUACCUACACCCUUGUGGUGGCUGCCUCCAACGAGCUAGGAAAUGCUUCUUCAGAGCCCCUCGUCUUCAUGCUGAUAGACAUAGUCAAACCACAUCUUCGCAACUUUUCGGUGGAAUUUGAAAAUUCUGUGACCAACUGCAGCCUUUCCUGGCACGCCGAAGCAGGAGCACGGCACUGCCGGCUGCGGUACCGACCGCUCACCCGGCACACCUGGAACACGGUGGAAAGCUUAAGCGGCGAGAAGUGCAGUCUUUAUGGUCUGGAGCCUCACACAGACUACGAGUUCCACCUCAGCUGUAAAAUCCACCCCGAGAGAGGGCUGUGGAGCAACUGGAACAUCUACCAGACCCGGACUCCUGAAGCAGUGCCCACCGGGCUCCUGGACGUCUGGUACCGACAGCAGGACGUGGACAACCAAAGGCAGAACAUCUCUCUUUUUUGGAAGGCUUUGAGCAGGUCAGAGGCGGGAGGAAGAAUCCUGCAGUACAGGGUGAGCUUCGAAGCCCUGGGUCAGCAGAGGUCCCCAGCAGGAGAAGACAUCACCAACCACACCAGCUACACCCGAGUCAUGCCAAGGGUGGGCUACAAGAUCACAGUCACUGCUGAGAACUCAAGGGGCAGGUCCCCCCCUGCAUCCAUUGUCACCAGCCUGGGCACUCAGGGUCUACGUCCUCCUCAGGAGGUCUCUGCCAUGGCCAUGGGAAACAGCAGCAUCUUGGUCAGCUGGAAGCCACCUGCAGGCCUGGUGGCAUCAUCACUCGGGGGGUACGUGGUGGAGUGGGCAGAGCUGGGGAGGGACAUGGGCCUGGAGCCCCAUCCCGCCUGGGUGAAGCUGCCGGCGUCCAGCCUCUCCACUGUCAUCACAGAGCACAUAAAAGAUAACGUGUGCUACCAGAUCAGCGUGUUUGCCCUCUACAAGGACGGAGCUGGGCAAGGGGCAUCCGUGAGGGGACACUCAAGAGCAGAAGCACCCUUGGCUGGGCCCCAGGUGUACACAACACCGCGGGCAAACGGCAUCUUGGUUUCGUGGGCGCCCAUCCCUGCCCACCAGCAGAGGGGCUGCAUCACGGGGUACCACCUGUACCUGCAGAACAAGGACCGGGAGGAAGCCCCGGCCGUCUAUGCCAUCUCCAACACCAGUGUCCAGUGCUGGCUGCUCAUGGCCCACCUGCAGCCUGGGGACCACUACGCCAUCUGGAUGACGGCCUCCACCGCUGCUGGAGAGGGGCCCCGGGGCAACACCGAGCUCCUCACCUUGGAAAGUGCUGGGGAGUGGGUGGCUGUGGUGCUCACCUGCAGCUUCUUCAUCUUCUCCGCCUGCGUCUGCUCCGCGCCUCCGGCACGAAAAGUGUUGCAGUCGCUCCUCUCGGCGCUUGUGCCGCAGUGGGAGGACAAAGCCAUUCCCGACCCCGCCAACGCCGCCUGGGCCAAGAACUACAUGUCUGUCAAGGCUGAGCUGACCUGGCUCUCCAGCCCCUUCCUCAGCACCAGCAGCUUUGAAGAGCCCGAAACAACCCAAGUAGAGGAAGCCUUCGUGAAGGGAGACCCUCCAGACCUCCGGGACCAGCUCCUCCUGGGGACCGGCCAGCGAGGAGGUGGCCACUGGCCACUGGUGAGCGGCUCGGGGCAGGAGCCAGAGUACGAUGGGGACACAAAGGAGGACACAGAGGGGGACCCCUACAAGCAGCAGCUCCCCGACCUCUACAAGAGGAUGGUGGUGGAGGUGACGGAGCAGACGCAGGGCGUUUCUGAGUACAUCGCCAACCCCAUCACCAACCCCAUCACCACGUACCCACCACCGGUGACCAGAGACCACCCCGAACUCGAGGGCAACCCGCUCCCCAUCUUCUCCCCGGCGUUUCUCAUGCCCUGCAAAGGGAAUCUCACUUUGGACACGGUGAAAUUGAACAGCAGCUCUUUCGCCAGGUAGGCCCUCAGGGCGACCUCACCCUGACCUCAUUUGGUUUUUUGCACUUUUAAGUAAAUUAUUUCAGUCCAGCCAGUCCAGUAGCUCACGUGUGACACCUUCAAGUGACAAAAAGCACCCAACUCACCAACUUUUCCAGCGCUGCAAGUGACACUUUAUCAUACAACGGAGCGGCUCCUCGUCAAUCCAGCACCUCCAGCUGGAAUUAAAGAUGGGAAGAUGUGGAAUGACUGCAGGAAUGAGUGGGCUUUUGGAAAGGUUAAUUAAUUAGGUGCCCCCACGCAGCCCAGGCUACCUCAGUCCCAACUCAGUCCACCCCAGGAAUCAGAGAUGUUACUCCAGGGCCAGGUGUCAUCACAGUAGCCCCAGCAGGAUCACAGCUGC